GCGAUGGCGGGGCGGCGGCGGGCGCCGCCGCUGCUGCUGCUGCGCUGCCUCCUGCUGGGGCUGCUGGGCGGCGGCGGCGGGGGCCAGCCCGGCGGCGGCGAGUACUGCCACGGCUGGGUGGACGGGCAGGGCGGCUACCACGAGGGCUUCCAGUGCCCCGAGGGCUUCGACACGGCGGCCGCCACCAUCUGCUGCGGCUCCUGCGCGCUGCGCUACUGCUGCGCCGCCGCCGAGGCCCGCCUGGAGCAGGGCGGCUGCACCAACGACCGGGAGCCCCCGGACCCGGGAGUCACCGCCCAACCAAUCUACGUUCCAUUCCUCAUUGUUGGAUCAAUAUUUAUUGCCUUCAUUAUCGUGGGCUCUCUGGUGGCGGUUUAUUGUUGCACAUGUUUAAGACCUAAACAGCCGUCGCAGCCGAUACGCUUUUCUCUGCGGAGCUAUCAGACCGAGACUCUUCCCAUGAUCCUGGCCUCGACAAGCUUCAGGACACCGUCGAGGCAGUCCAGUACCGCGACAAGUUCCAGUUCGACUGGCGGCUCUGUUCGCAGGUUCUCCUUUCCCCGGGCAGAGCCGGGGUGCCUUGUGGCAUCGCCCCCUCCGCCCUACACGUCUGGCUGCUUCCAGGCAGCCCACGCAGUCCACCUGACCCAGCCAUCGGGGUUUCUGGUGUCACCGCCGUACUUUGGGUACCCUCUCCAGGCAGAGCCUGCCCUGGCUGGGAAGAGCUGUUCCGAUUUUAGUCAGAGCUGAAAGGAGUUGUGAAAAGCUAACGCCGGGACUGCUGCUGCUGCUGCUGGGUGUCACGCUGACUUGCUGUGCGGCCGCGGAAGUCAGAACCGUUCCUGUGGGUGAGUUGCCCUUGAAAAGUGCAAGGUCUCAUUUGGGAUCUCAUUGCCCAAACUUGGAUCACACUUCCAAAAGAAUUGUAAAGUAUUCCAAACAGUUGCUCUGAAAACUUGAGUGCUCUGAUCGUUCAGUCUAAUUUGCGCAGGACGUGUUCAGACACAAGUAGAAAAACCAUUUUGGGAUAAAGGUACUCGUUGCACGGUGUUGUAAAUGACAUUUUAACCCUAAAUGCUAUUAACUCGGUUAACAAACGGUGGCUGCGUUCCACUGGUAAUAUUCAGACUAGUUCUGUAAACCAGCAAUAAGCCUGAGAAGUAAGACAGGAGUAAUACUUACAAAGAGGAUCCUGAAAACAGCUGACUGCUUCCCGCUUCCAUGAGCAAUGAAAAUAAGAGGAACAACUUUACUACAGAUAAUCAAAAUGCGUAGGUUUUUUAAAAUACACAUAAUAUACCUGAACUUAGACUGCAUAUUUGUAUUAGUAAACUUUAACGAUAGAUAAAACUAGUACUAAUGAGGCUAGUUGAAAAUGAGCCAAUCCCAAGCAGCCAAAUAAUUAUCUAUGAGAAAAGCAGAAUGUAUUCAGCAAUAUCACUAAUAACUUCUCCGCAUAAAAUUCUGAAAAUGGUGUUACAUUAAAGCAUUUUUCAGAAGGAAGUAUUUAUUGUUGGCUUUUUGCUCAGCAACGUAAGUUGGACAAACUGAUUGAUCAUAAAGGCGUAUUUGUAAAAUUAGCCAUGUAUAAAAUGUAAAGACAAGCUUGUAAUUUAAAAUGUAUUUACAGCAUUGACAACACUAAUUAUUUAGUAGUCACACGAAAAAAAGAAUUAUCAAUAAACUGUGUGAUUGAAAUGUUGUGUCAUCUGUAUGUCUCUGGACAGACAGUGUUUGAUGAGCAAGUUUUCAUUUGGAUGGUGUAACUGUACUGUAUUUUUUCCUGUUAAAAAUAGUUAAUUUUGCUUUUGUAAACGAUUUUCAUCUUUAACUGCACCUGUUGUGCAGAUUUAAUAUAAUAUAAAAUUCUGAAUAUAUAUAGCAAAGUAAUAGAUUAAUUAAUGUCUUUUAUAUGUAACUGUGGUAAAAAUGUGGUUAAAACUACACUGGUUAGUUGGGUAUUUUAAUUUAAAACAUCCUGCCCUAGGAAUAAAUUUUGUUUGCCCUUCUACAUUCCUUCACCCAAGUAAACCAACAAACCAAAUGGAAGAAAAAAAAUGCAUCUAAACCAAACACAUGCAGCAAGCAAAUGGAAAAUACACAUGAAAAAAUGCAGUCAUUAAAGGGCUUCUCUGUAUGCUUA